AUGAAGCUUUCAUUAUCGAUACUGACCACCACGGUCUACCUCAUCUCCCUGGUCGCCGCGGCGCCACCAGCAUCAUCACCUCGAACAGACAUCUCUGCGCGAGAAGCGUCGCCACUUGAAUCAUACAAUGCUCUAGAGAAGCGGAAAGGCGGCGGCGGGGGUAGAGGUGGAUCAGGAGGCAGUAGUGGAAGCAGCGGCGGGCGGGGAGGAUAUUCAUACUCGACGUCGUCGAUGUCGGGUGGUCGCACGCGGGACGGGUCCGGCACGCCCAAAGCAUAUGGCAACAGAUACACCGGCGGCGCCGUCGUACCAUACACAGCAGGUCAGUCCUCGCCAACCAGAUCAAUCGCACCCUACGCGCUGGGCGUCGGCGCGCUCGCCUUCUUCCCUGGAAUAUGGUUGUAUGGUUCCGUCUUCGCCUACCCCUACGGCGCCCCGUACCACUGGUACUAUGGCGGCAGGAAUCACACAAGCAACGUAACCUGCCUCUGUCAGCAGUACCAGGUCUGCGGCUGUGACCCCAUCGACAACAGCACGUUCCUCGACGAGGUCAUCCUCAAUGGCACCGGUCAGCCGGUCAAUUCGACUGACGUCAGGACCGUGGAUUUUGGAAACGGCUCCGUUUCGACUUUCAUCAAUGGUUCCCUCGCUAACGGCACCACUGCUGAUGGUGGUACCGACCCUUCCAACGACAGCCAAGUCAGUCCCGCAGCCAAGCUCCUCGUCGACUUCGGCGGCUACUGGAUCAUGGUCACCACCGUCGUACUGGGCAUGUGGAUGGCAGCGUAA